AUGGAGAAAACAGAAACGCAGUCAGAUCAACUAUCUGCCGGAUGGGAACGUGUUUCUGAAGAGCUCUCAGAUUCACAAAAAAAUAAAAAUAAAGGAAAAAAUUGUAGAAGAAGAAGGAAAAAAAAACCAGAUUUUACAGAGAUUAAAAGCAGUAAAGAAGUAAAGAGAAAGAAAAUGAGUAGAAAAAAGGCCGAAGAAUAA